AUUAGCCAGAAAAUCUGAUUGGUGUUAUUAACAUAUAAACAUAUUGUGAUAUAUAAUACUGUUAACCAUGUGGCCAAUUUUAAUGCUAAGAAUUUCAUAAUUAAACUUGUCCACUGUAGGGGAAAUCAUUUAAAUUACUAACAUGCAAUUUCCAGGACCAUAAAGAAGGUAAUUAAAUAAAGCAAAAAUUGAAUUUGAGAUUUAACAACUGAAUGAUAAAUAUCUAGUGUAGUGUCUUUGAAAGUAUCUAAGUAUCUGUCUGAGCGUUCUGAAUAUUAUUUGCUCUGACAGAAAGCUUUUUUAUGGGAAUAAAGUAUAGGAGAGGCAGUGAAAAGAAGUCAUGCUGGGUGCAGGUGACCCCCAUUGUGAUCCAGAUGGGUAACAGCAUCCUGGGGAGAAUUUCUGCAACCAAUCACAGAACAGAAAAAUAACAUCAGCCAAUCACAAGGCAGUAGAAAAAUAACUCUAUCCUAUAAUUUUUAUUUUAUAAUUUUUUUUAUGCAAAAAAAUCUUAACCAUUGUGUAGUUAUAUACUGCAUACCCAGAAGAUGUCGCCCUAAACACAUUUAUCAAUAUAUGAAUAAGGUGUGAAAGCAACCGACCAUUGAUUUAGGUAUUGACAAGACAAUAAAAAGGGAAGUACUGAGCUGGAACUGGUUUUAUACUCUGUCCCUAAGUUAGAUAGCCUUUUACAAGCUGUCAUAUUGCGGUGGUGCUGAAACUGACAGCUCCGCCUUCGUACGCGCCUGGGCCCGUUCAGCACUGGAGCCCUGGGACAGCUCCUCAUUUGGACAUUUGCGACCCAAGGCAAAGAACUGUUAUCAAUGCUUUUUCACCCAUGUUUAACCCUACAAGACAACAACAACAACAACAACAAAAAGCAUUUAGAAUGUUUUUUAAUUAAAAAAAUAUUUUUUAAUAAACAAAGCAUAUAGUGGUUAAUUUUAGACAGUAUCGCCUUUUAAUAUCCAAUUAAAGUCACACGUUGCUGUCCUUUUAUUUUAUAUUUUAUUGCAUGUUUGAAGUAAAAAAAAAUAAAUAAAUAAAAUAAAAAUAGCGCAAACUCGACCCCCUUAAAUCCUUCCAGCACACACGCACACGCAUGUUAUUGAGUUUGCGCAGAUAAUUCACGCUCCAAUGGGCUAAAGGGUAACGCAGCCCAUCUUUGUCACGAGACCUACAGUGACACGAGCACGGACGCUGUUUUUCAAAAUAAAAGUCUGUAUGAAUUAUUUUGUAAUUAAUGAGGCGUAACUUUAUUAGUAACUUAAAACGAGAAGACAAAAUCACAUACAAUCAAAUUAUAACUAUCAAAAAGCAUUUCCCUUGACCGUAUAUGCUAUGCACUUUUUUGAUGAAGUACCGGAAGUCCUUCAGUAUUUGUCCGGCUUUACUAUCGAUUAUCCCAGAGAACGAUGUGACUCGGCCCGUCCGUGUGCUCCUGUGUCCGUUCCGCUUUGCCUUCCCAGAACCGAUGGAUCUUGUUGGACGUUAGAUCAGCACGCGUGUAUGCCGUUGGGCUCUGGACCUUUUCUGCCGGAGCAUGAUCCGAUCCGUCCUCUUCUCUCAGAACCUGCACCAGAACUGCUUUCUGAGCCUGGCGUCCAUGGCCUCCCCCUCACGCAGUAGCCAGGCCCAGCAGCGCUCCAAGGAUGUGGUCCGCCUCAGCUUCAGCCCAGAGACCUACGCCGUCUCCAACUCCCUCCUUCUUGGUCUGUCCCGUUCCACCAGUGACACCGACCUUGUUUCCCCCGACGCCCGCUCCACUCUCACAGCCAGCGCCUCUCACUACACCGUAGGACAGUCCCAAGAUCUGGUCAUAUCCUGGGACAUUAAAGAGGAUGUGGAUGCUGGGGACUGGAUUGGAAUGUAUCUCCUUGAUGAAACGUCCUCUGAAAACUUCCUAGAUUACAAAAGCAGAGGAAUCAAUGGUUCCCAAAAAGGACAGAUUGUAUGGAAAUUUGACACAACCAUACCCUUCCCUAAUGCUGAGACUCAGGUGUGCUUCAGGUAUUACCACGGAGUCAGUGGAGCUUUGAGAGCAACCACCCCCAGUGUCACCAUAAAGACCAGCACUUCUACAGUGUCAAAGACGGUGGUGAGCCCAGAAGUAAACACUGAACAGGGCAGGAGGAGACUCAUCAGCUUCACUCUCUCAGACAUCCAAGCUGUGGGGAUAAAGAAGGGGAUGUUUUUUAACCCGGACCCCUAUCUGAAACUGUGCAUUCAGCCGGGCAAACACAGCAUCUUCCCAUCGCUGCCUCACCACGGGCAGGAGAAGCGCUCUGGAGUGGCCUGCAACACUGUCAACCCUCAAUGGACUGCAGAGAGGUUCAGCUUUGUGUCUCUUCCCACUGAUGUCCUGGAAAUAGAGGUCAAGGACAAAUUUGCCAAAAGUCGACCAAUCAUCAAACGGUUCCUUGGCAAACUGUCGAUCCCCGUUCAGAGGCUACUGGAAAAACAUGCCAUUGGUGAUCGUGUUGUGAGUUACACCUUAGGUCGAAGGUUGCCCACAGAUCAUGUCUGUGGACAGUUGCAGUUCCGCUUUGAGUUGACUUCAUCUAUUCACCCAGAUGAUGAGGAUUUAUCGCUUGUCAUUGAAGUACCAGCACCUGAAGCCAAUGCAGAAGACACUAACCACAACAACCCUGAAGAGGACGCUGUCAGUGUUGGACCAGACAUCAUGGAUCUCCCCGGUGAUAGUCCUAAAGACUCCUGUCCACCGGAGCACAGUGUCCCCCGAGCUGAGACCCUCCCUGCACAAUCUGACAGCCCAGAGCAGAACAAAGAACAAACAGUAGAAGAAGUCACGAAUGGUACUGAGAACAAUGAGGUCCAGGCUGAAGAACCAGACGUUACUGAUGCGGAUCAGCAGUUACAGGAACAGCCCAUAGAGGAGGAGCAGGUCACAAUGGGUCCCAAAGAUACUGACAAUGAGACAAAGAUUGAACCAUCACAAGAAACAACUAAUGAUAAAGUUUUAACUAUAGAAUCAGAAAACUCAGAUAAAUUUGAUCCAACCCAAGACACAAAUAUUGAGACAUCAUUGGUGACAUCCCAGACAGUGAGUAAUGGAGACUCGAGCCCUGCUCCCUGUGGCUGCCAGUCUCUCUUCUCAAACUACAACUCCCAUGCUCCUUCAGGGCGUAAGACCCGCCCUUGCUCUUUGCCAGUUUCUGAACUGGAGACAGUGAUAGCAUCUGCUUGCGGAGAGCCAGAGACACCCAGGUCCCACUACAUCCGGAUACACCACCUGCUCCACAGUCUGCCUUCAGCUCAAGCAUCUAGCCUGGAUGAACCCCAGGAGGGAGAGAGUCCAACCACAUCUUCAGAGCCCCAGACACCUAAACUCACAGAGGAGGCACAGGAGGAAGAGGAGGAUGAAGCCACGCAGUCUCCCUCACAGGUAAUAGAGUGUUCAGGCAGGUGCUGUCGGCGCACUCUACCCCGCAGCCUGUCCAUUGAGCGCCUGUCCGAGCUGAACCAUCUGCUGGAGCGCGGUGAGGGGAGGAGGCCACCUGGGUCCUCCUCGUACAGUGAGGAAGAGCAAGGUGGUCCCGGGGGUAGCUCCAGAGCAGGGGGUGAGCACGACUGUGAGUUCUGUGACACGUCCUGCUACAGCACCUCCUGUUACAGUACCUCCUGCUACAGCACCUCAGCCCAGAGCCACUCAAUAUACGAGGGCAGGGACCAUGCACGCCUCUCCUCUGCAGACAGUAACAGGCUCUCCGGCAGCACCGUGUUCUCCUCUCAGGAUGAAGAGGAUGAGGAGAAUAGCGCCUUUGGGUCAGCUCUGGACGAAGGGCAGGAGGGAGGCGCUGGACGUCCUCUCACCCAGAAGGAGACUCGUCAAGGAGAAACAGGAGUGUGCAGUGUCCCAGGGGUCCCAGGUCCUAGUGAACGCCAUGGCAUAGGCUCAGACUCCAUCUCUCCUCUUUGCCAUCUUCCAGUCCUGAGACCCAGCCAUGAGCUAAACCAUUUUUCUCCUGCCAAUGACACUGCCUUACCUCCAAACUGGGAGGCCCGUGUGGACAGCCAUGGCAGAGUGUUCUAUGUGGACCAUGUGCACCGGACCACCACCUGGCACCGGCCCAACCACAGCGAGUGUGGCACCAAGUGUGGCCAUGGUCUGCCCCGAUCCGGCUCCACCCAGCAGAUGGAGCAGCUCAACCGCAGAUAUGAAAGUAUCCAGAGGACAAUGGCCACAGAGGAUGAUGGGGAGAGCUCGCGGCCGGAGCGUACAAGCAGCUCUGACACACAGGCAGAGUGGACUCCAACAGGUCCAGGCUCUCAAUCCAGUAACACCAAACUCAGCCAUCUCCUCCAGUCACCUGCUGUCAAGUUCAUCACACAUCCGGAGUUCUUCACCGUGUUGCACAGUAACUAUGCAGCCUACAGGAUGUUCACCAGCAGUAGCUGUGUCAAACACAUGAUCUUAAAGGUCCGUCGUGAUGCCAGAAACUUUGAGCGGUAUCAACACAACAGAGACUUGGUGGUGUUCCUUAAUAAGUUUGCAGAUACUCAACUGGAGCUGCCGCGGGGCUGGGAAAUCAAGACAGACCCUCAGGGCAAGUCCUUCUUUGUAGAUCAUAACAGUCGUGCUACCACCUUUAUCGACCCUCGAAUCCCUCUACAAAAUGGUCGUCUUCCUGGUUACCUUGCUCACAAACAACAUCUUCAGAGGCUGCGGAGCUACAGUGCUGGAGAGGCAUCAGAAGUGUCUAGAAACCGUGGGACUUCUCUGAUGGCAAGACCAGCCAACAUGCUGAUCGCUGCAAUACGCAACCAGCACUUAGAUCAACAAAUGUCCCCUCCUUCGUACAAUGACAAGAUUGUGGCCUUCCUCCGACAACCAAACAUUUUUGACAUGCUACAGGAUCGCCAGCCAAGUCUGAGCACAAACCAUGCUCUCAGAGAGAAGAUCCACUACAUCCGCACAGAAGGCACUGCAGCGGUGGAGAAGCUGUCAUGUGAUGCAGACCUGGUCAUUCUUCUCAGUUUAUUUGAGGACGAGGUGAUGUCUUAUGUGUCCCCUCAUCCAAUCCAUCCUGGUUUUAGCUUUUCACCGCGCUGUUCUCCCGGCUCGUCCCCGCAAAACUCUCCAGGGCCGCAGAGAGCCAGGGCACCUGCUCCGUACCGCAGAGACUUUGAAGCCAAACUCCGAAAUUUCUACAGGAAGUUAGAAGCUAAAGGCUACGGUCAGGGACCGGGCAAGAUCAAAUUACUUAUCAGACGAGAGCACCUUUUAGAGGGGACGUUCAACCAGAUCAUGGCCUAUUCUCGCAAAGAAUUACAGCGGAGCAAACUCUACGUCACCUUUCAUGGAGAGGAAGGGUUAGACUACAGCGGUCCCUCUAGAGAGUUUUUCUUUUUAUUGUCUCAGGAGCUCUUUAACCCUUACUACGGCCUGUUCGAAUACUCGGCCAAUGACACAUACACUGUUCAGAUCAGCCCCAUGUCCGCCUUUGUCGAGAACCACCUGGAAUGGUUCCGAUUCUGUGGUCGUAUCUUGGGUCUGGCGUUGAUCCAUCAGUACCUGUUGGAUGCUUUCUUCACCCGUCCAUUUUACAAGGCUCUUCUAAGACUACCUACAGACCUGUCUGACCUGGAGUACCUGGACGAGGAGUUCCACCAGUCUUUGCAGUGGGUCAAGGACAAUGACAUCACCAACAUCCUGGAGCUCACCUUCACUGUCAACGAGGAAGUCUUUGGACAGGUAACAGAGAGAGAGCUGAAGUCUGGAGGAGCCAACAUCCAGGUGACAGAGAAGAACAAGAAGGACUACAUCGAGAGAAUGACCAAGUGGAGAGUGGAGAGAGGGGUGGUCCAGCAGACAGAGGCAUUAAUCAGGGGCUUCUAUGAGGUGGUGGACUCCAGGCUGGUGUCGGUGUUCGAUGCUCGGGAGCUGGAGCUGGUGAUCGCAGGGAGAGUGGAGAUCGAUCUCAACGACUGGAGGAAUAACACUGAGUAUAGAGGAGGCUAUCAUGACGGCCACAUAGUAAUGCGUUGGUUCUGGGCAGCUGUGGAGAGAUUCAACAACGAGCAGAGACUGCGCCUCCUACAGUUUGUCACUGGGACGUCUAGUGUGCCCUACGAAGGCUUCGCUGCUCUGCGAGGGUCCAACGGUUUACGGCGCUUCUGUAUCGAGAAGUGGGGCAAGAUCACAUCACUGCCCAGGGCGCACACAUGUUUUAACCGCCUGGACCUGCCUCCAUACCCGUCCUACUCCAUGCUUUAUGAGAAGCUGCUGACAGCUGUGGAGGAGACCAGCACCUUCGGCCUGGAGUGAGCCCCACCGGGCCAUCAUCUCACGGGGUCAGAGAACAAAGACCCCCCCUCGCUCCAGAGAGAGAUGGAGCCGGUACAUGCAGUCUGCAUACUGUGUCUGUGGAGAUCAGAUUCUACCACUGCAGGACACGGGGUCACAACACUGUUGAACAUGAAAAAUAAGGACUGCUUUAAGGAGACAUUUGUCAGAAACUAAACAUAGCAGAUAAGUAUACACCUUUUUUAUUGCUUUCAAAAUAUAUGCCGAUCAAAUGCACUCUUAAAUACAUUAAAACAGAUAUGAUAUGACGCAAACCUCUUAUAUCCAUCAAUAAAUACCUAUUUUCAUUCAAUAAAAAUAUUUUGUGAGUAAACAUGCUCACCAAGACUACGUGAUGGAUGCAAGAAUUUGUAUUUUAUUUUAUUUUAUUUUAUUUCAAAAUUAUUAAUUUCUUUUUCAUUUUUAUUGUGUGGAUAAUAUAUAAUAGGCAGCCAUAAAAACACCCUUUUAUAGAGUCAAUGCUCAAGAAGUCUGUUAUUAAGUGUUAUGUACGUACAAUACAUGUAGAUAUAAAUUAUUAUUGUACUUCAGAUAUAUAGACAUUUAAAUUCAAUUCAUGAUGGCAUCACAAGUCUGUAUCUCAUUGUAAGACACAAUUGUAACACACAAUGGUUAGUACAGAUCAGAACUUUACAUAGACUCUUGCUUGGGCUCGGGCUUUUCAGAAAUACAGUACUAAAGAAGAUGAAUCUUGCAGGUCAAGAAACUUAACUAUUUUCCCACAUAUUGUCUGAAUUAGAUGGCAUAUUUUGUUAGGGUUUUACUUGAUACAGAGCCCCUGACAUGACAAAACCAUUAAAAAGAAGAGAGUAAACUUUAUUGGCAAUCUGGUUAAUUAUUAUGUAACACAUUCUUGGUCAUUUAAAGGUGCUGUACCUGAUUUUUAAAUUGUUAUAAAUGGAACUAGUUCAUUUCAUACGGUUCGCAGUGGUACAUAAACACUUUUCACUACUCUGAGAAACCAAUGACAGUAAAGCUAACAGCAACUAGCAUGCUAACGUGCACCUCCACUUGAUUUUCUGACAAUAAAACACUUCAUAAAUAGAUGCAGACAGUACGCAGCAUACUUGUUUUGACCUCAGAGCUGCUUAUACAAUAUAUCUGUACUGGGGCAAGUCAAAUAUUGCCCCCCAAAAAAUGUGAAAAAUCAAGUACAUUGCCUUUAACGUAGAAUUUGAGACUAGUAAUUUUCAUCUUAAAAUCUUUAUCAAAAUGUUCAAAUCCUAUGUAAAUUUGCCAUCACCUCCCAAGUUUUUUUUUUUUUUUUUUUUUUACAUCUUAUGUUGAUGUACAGUGUAUAGAAUUGCAUUGGUGGAAUCAAAAAAUACAACAAAUAGACUUUUUCCACUAUUCCACUGUGUUUUUAUGUAACUAGUACAAUCUUUACUGCCUGAUGUCAGAGCAGCGAAAAUAUAGUACUUUAGGGAUUUAUUUGUUUUAUUUAUUUAUUUAUUUGUGACUAGUUGAAUCAAAUGAAAUAAUUUUUAUUUAAUUUGACUUUUUAUAGUUUAACAGGGCUUGUUUUAGGGCCUGUUUUCAACUACCGGAACUGUUCUUACGCAUGUCUUCCACUUGCUAUCUUCUAGAAUGGUAUAUCAUGUUUACAUGAUUUUAAAUCUACAUUAAUAAAGAAUUCUGUGUAUGUAUUUUAUGUUAGCUCUGCAAUAUGUGAUUCUGGUCCGGUGCAUACACUGUAUAAUAUGCAAUAAUGUACGUUUUGUGGCAUCAACCGUACAAACUUGCAAUUUCUGUUUUUUUGUGCACAUUUUAAACACAACCUGAACUGCAUUUGAGAACAUGUUUGUAGAGGUCUAAGCUACAGGGUUAGCAGCUUGUAUACAUGGUAAGACCUCAUGGAGACAGGAUAAUUUGUUGUCUGCAGAGAAUAUUCUAUUGCCUAACAGCUGCUUGUUAUUUGCUCAAAAACUGUGAUUUAAUUUCAAUUGUGAUAAUUUUUGCAGCUCAAAAUCCUGUUGUUGAAUCAAUAGUUUCCUUCGUUUAAAAUCGAAUUCUAUUCACAACUGCACAAUUCUGUUCCACUGAGCAAAUUUUCUGCACUUGUGUUUUAUUAUUAUUAUUAUUAUUUUCAGUUUUUUGCCCAGAUUUUAUUUAUUCAUUUAUUUACACAUUUUACAGUCUUCUCUCAAUGCGCAUAACAGUAAAUGUGAAUCAGAAAUAUGAAAAACCAGGACUCUCUCCUUCUCCAGUAUUCACCAGUACUCUGCUCUAAUGCAUUUAAACCCAUUAGUCUGGCUGCACUGUGGAGGCCUUAUGUACCACCAGGCUGUGCAUAUUUUCUACUCUUUUCUAGUUCUUUCUACUAUGUGUUUACAUUUGUUGCCUUCACUGCAAGCCUUGUUCAUGUGUCUAUGUUUUUUUGUGUGUUUUUUUUAUUAUUUUUUUUUAAUGUUUUAUAUGUAGAAAUUCCUGUUCCUUACUGUAUUCAUAAUGCCAUUUUAGAGCUGCAUGUGGGAUAAGUCAAAUCACAUUAAUAUUGUUUACUGCAUUUGUCACUCAACGCUGUCAAUAAAGAAAACU